CACACACCACUCUGCACAAAACCGUGAGCCUGAGAGCCAUUCAGACAGAGCACUGCAGCUAACCAUGGCGGAAGCAGUUGCUGGAUCGCUCGCGUCUGCUUUCGUCGACGUCGCCAAAGAUAAGCUGCGCUCCAUCCUCGCGGGACCGGCAAGUUUGCUGUGGAACUCUGGCAACGACAUGGAGGACAUGAACGAUGUUCUUGAGACCAUCUCAGCUGUGCUGGAGGAUGCCGAGAGCCGGUCAGUCAAGGAGAAACUGGUGCGGCUAUGGCUGAAGAGGCUCAAGGACGUCGCCCUGGACAUCUCUGACAUGCUCGAAGACUACCAAGACAUUAGGGACCAACCAACUGCUGCCAAGAUGCCAGUAAUUCUCUCAUAUCUCCCGGCGGCAUACAACAAGAUUGCCAUGGCUAAUACGAUGAAGACUUUGAGGGAAAGACUGAGGGAAAUUAGAAAUGAAAUUGAUAGCUUUAACUUUAUAAGGGGAAAGAGCACUACUAAGGACGAGCCUUAUGACGAACGAGAAACUACGUCAUAUUUGCCUCAAGAACCAGUAAUAGGAAGGGACAGAGAAAAGCAGGAAAUCAUAAAGCUGUUGUCUGCUAAUACCAACAACGAUGAGAUAGCCAUUGUUCCUAUCUAUGGCCUUGGAGGUAUGGGAAAGAGUACAUUGGCACAACUAGUUUACAAUGAUGCCCAAUUCAUGAAGUAUGACCAUCGUAUAUGGGUUUAUGUGUCCCAAGAUUUUAAUCUGAACAAAAUAGGAAGCUCUAUAAUUUCUCAACUGCAACCAGAAGGAGGUCAGCAAAAUAUGUGUAUACAGCAGGUAAUAAACCAAUGCCUUGAACGCCUACUUCAUGGCAAGAAGGUUCUGGUCGUUUUGGAUGACUUAUGGGAGGAAAAGAAGACUGAGUUGGAUAAACUGAGAAGGAUGCUUCACAUCAAAGGCAGUAAGGUAGAUAUCAUAAUAACCACACGCAAGGAAGAGAUUGCAAGGAAAGUUUCCACCAGUGAACCAUACAAGCUACGGCCUUUGGAAGAUGAUAUAUGCUGGGAAAUAAUUAAGAGAUCCAGUAGGUUUGGACUUAAAUCUAACCAAGAACAACUAGAGAAAAUAGGGUUGGAUAUUGCAAAGAAAUGUGGAGGUGUGGCAUUAGCAACUCAAGCAAUUGGAUUCAUGCUACGAUCCAUAGAUGAUCUGUCUGGAUGGACAAAAAUAAACAACAGUGAUAUCUGGAAUGGAUCUUAUGAAGACAACGAUGUGCUUCCGUCCUUGACAUUAAGUUAUGAAAGGAUGUCGCCACAGCUAAGGAUAUGCUUUUCCUAUUGUGCCAUAUUCCCAAAAGGUCAUAAUAUUAUUAAGGUUGAUUUGGUCGAACAGUGGAUUGCUCUAGAUUUUAUUACUGAGCGAUCAAAGGGAAAGGAAUAUAUUGAAAAACUUAUAGGAAUGUCCUUCCUUCAGGUUUCAAAGUUGCACUUGAAUUCUAAGGAGUAUGUGGUGUGCUACACCAUGCAUGACCUGGUGCAUGAUCUGGCAAGAUUGACAAUGUCUGAUGAGCUAAUAUUUUUUGAUGUUGCCCCUCCAAGAAACACAAGUGCCCACAAAAAUUGUCGCUAUUCAUGGCUCAGAAAAUGUGACCGGACAAUGAAGUUAGCAAAUAUGCCUUCAAAGAUAAGGGCACUUCGUUUCUCACAUAGUGGCGAACCACUUGAUAUCCCAAAUGGUGCAUUUUCAUUUGCAAAGUACCUGCGUACUUUGAAUUUUAGUGAAUGCUCUGGUAUAUUGUUGCCUGCCUCUAUUGGCAAACUGAAGCAGCUGAGGUGUCUUAUUGCUCCAAGAAUGCAAAAUGAGAGUCUCCCUGAGUGUAUCACCGAGCUCUCAAAACUGCAGUACCUAAAUAUAAAUGGAUCUUCUAAAAUUUCUGCACUGCCAGAAUCAAUUGGCAAGCUUGGAUGUCUGAAAUAUCUACACAUGUCCGGUUGUUCUAAUAUAUCAAAACUGCCUGAAUCAUUUGGUGACUUAAAAUGUAUGGUGAUCCUUGACAUGUCAGGUUGUACUGGGAUAACGGAACUGCCAGACUCUCUUGGUAAUCUCACGAAUUUGCAGCUUCUUCAGUUAUCUGGAUGCUCCAAUCUGAAAGCAAUACCUGAAUCGUUGUAUGGCCUCACUCAACUUCAAUAUUUGAAUUUAUCAUUUUGUCGUAAUCUUGAUCAGCUACCCAAAACUAUUGGCAUGCUUGGAUGUCUGAAAUAUCUAAGCUUGUCCAGUUGUUCUGGUAUGUCAAAACUGCCUGAAUCAUUUGGUGACUUAAAAUGUAUGGUUCAUCUUGACAUGCCAAAUUGUGCUGGGAUAAUGGAACUGCCAGACUCUCUUGGUAAUCUCAUGAAUUUGCAGUAUCUUCAGUUAUCUGGAUGCUCCAAUCUGAAAGCAAUACCUGAAUCGUUGUGUACCCUCACAAAACUCCAAUAUUUGAACUUAUCAUCUUGUUUUUUCCUUGAUCGGAUACCAGAAGCUAUUGGUAACCUCAUCGCUUUAAAGUAUUUAAACAUGUCAUCCUGUGACAAAAUCCGAGAACUGCCAGAGUCACUGAUGAAGCUCCAAAAUCUGUUGCAUCUAGAUUUGUCACGCUGUAGAGGCUUUCGGAAAGGGUCACUGGGAGCUCUGUGUGGCCUCACCACACUACAACACCUGGAUAUGUCACAGUUACGAAGUAUUGAUCUUGAAGAUUUAUCAGAUGUUUUGGAAAACCUCACCAAACUCAAGUACUUGAGAUUAAGCUUAAUCGACUCUUUACCAGAAAGUAUUGGUAACCUUACGAAUCUGGAGCACCUGGACCUCUCGGGUAAUUGUUUACCAUGUUUACCACAAAGUAUUGGCAACCUCAAACGAUUGCAUACACUGGAUCUUUCUUAUUGUUUUGGGCUUAAGUCCCUACCAGAGAGUAUAGGUGCUCUUGGGCUGAAGUAUUUAUGGCUGAACAUGUGCUCGCCUGAACUAAUCGAUCAUGCCAGUUCCCUAGUGCACUUUUCACAAACACUUCCAUUCUUCAGGGUUCGUGCUGAUGAUGUCAGUGGUUGCAGUAAUCUUCAUCUGCUCGAGCGUGUCGAUGCCAGUGAUUUAAGAAUACGUUCUCUUGAGAACGUAAGGUAUCUAGAAGAAGCAAAUAAAGUUAAGUUGUUGGACAAACAAAUUCUCUCGAAGUUAACAUUAACUUGGACAGUGGAUGCAGUUCGGCUUCUAGAGGACAAGGAUUUGUUGGAACAACUAAUGCCACCAAGAGGACUUAAUGACAUGCAUCUCGAAGGUUACAGCAGUACAAGCUUACCAGUCUGGUUCAUGGGCAUUUCUCAUCAUCUCACAAAUCUUACCUGUAUGUUCCUGGAGAAGCUGCCUAUGUGUUCCAACCUGCCACCACUUGGACAGUUGCCAAACCUAGAAAUUCUGAGUCUCUCUAAAUUAUCAAGCAUUAAAAAAAUAGACAGGGAAUUCUGUGGUGGCAAAGGAGCAUUCCGUCGACUGUCAAACUUCUUCAUUGAAAAAAUGGAAGGCUUGGAGGAGUGGAACACAACAUACUCUGUUGAGGAUGGUGUCGAAGAGUUCAUGUUCCCAGUCCUAGACAGUCUAACGAUACAAUAUUGUCCAAGGUUGAGGUUGAAGCCAUGCCCACCAACAUUUCAUGAGUGCAUUAUAUAUAGCAGCGACCAAGUUAUAUCUUCAAUCGAGGAGGUAGACAAAACCAGUCAUCACUGCUCUUCGUCUAGUCGUGCUAUCAAAUUGGAUUUGAUUGAAUCGGGCCACUCCUGCAAGAGCAUAAGGGUAUGUCAUCACUGUGCCCCUAGUCGAGCUGUCAAAUUGGAUUUGGAAAUAGGCUCCGAGAGCAUAAGGUUAUUUCACCACUUCCCUCUACUCCGAGAGCUGCGAAUCUCUGGAUAUGAACUGACGAGCGUGCCGGAAAGCAUGCGGCGCCUUGCUUCCCUUGAGAUGCUGGAGCUGGAAUGGUGCGACGGCAUAUCAGCUCUGCCUGAAUGGCUGGAUGAGCUCUCCUCUCUAAAAAGCCUUGUCAUCUCAGGAUGUAAGAGCAUCAAAUCGUUGCCUCCAUGUAUACAGCACCUCACCAAGCUUCAAAAGCUACAUAUUAGGAACAACCAGCAACUGAAGGAGUGGUGUGAAUCAGAAGAGAACAAGACAAAGCUCGCCCACAUAAACGUAAGUGAUUUCAAUGCUGAACUGCACUUUUAUCUAACUAGUCCAUCAAUCCGUGUCUUGCACGCCCUGAAUCUAAGAAGUAAAUAUUCAUAUUAG